GAGGGGGAGGGGCCAGACUUCACUCCCGUCGUGUAAGGCAGCCUGAGCAGAAUGUUGGAGUAGAAUUCUCCGGUGUUGACAUCACAGAGGGGGCGGAACCUUGCCUCCCCUGUCGUCCUUGGGCCCCAGGAUAAACAGUGUCACUGAACCCCAGCCGCCAAGCUGCCGGCAGCCAAUCGGAUGGCACGCAGCCCAGGGCGGCAGACCACUUAGCCGCCCCUGUCGGGUUUAGGCGCAGCAGAACACAGAGAGCCUGCAUUACGAGGGCCUGGCUUGCUCUAGGGGGCUUUUCAGAAAGCAGGAGGACUAUGCAAGGAACCGAGCGAAGUGGACAGGAAUGGGCUCGAUCGUCUACCAGGCUGAACAUGCUCACUGUCUCUCUUCCAGACGACUUAACACCUUGAACAAGUGCGCCUCUAUGAAACUGGACGUCAGCCUUCCCAAGAAGAAAAGCGAAGACUCAGAUGAAGAGGAUCAGUUGGCGAUCAGCAACCGAUGGACGUUUGAGUGGAGCAGUCGGCGGUGGUCGAGGCUGCAGGACAUCGACUGCAUCCUGGAAGGCGAGGAGGGGGCGUGUCCCAGAGGCCUGGAGGCGGAGCUACAGGGGGCAGGCAGUCGGGAGAGCGUGCUAACAGACCUGAGCGAGCCCGAGGUGUCGUCACUGCACAGUGGGAGCAGCGGCGGCAGCAGGAGUGGAGAUCUGGCCACCCUGAGGCCUGCUCGCUCCGCCUCGGCCUCCAUCAUGCCCGACCCCAGCUCUUUGGCACCGUCCCCAAUGUCUGACGACCGGCUACGGUACAACUCUCUGCCCUCCAAAAGCAGCCGGCAUGGCCGGACACGCGCCAAAGACUUCCUGCGCCGCAUGGAGACGUUGCGUUCCCGGCGGUCCUCGUCAGGGAAGGCUGCCCGCAAGACCCUGACCAUCAGCGGGCCUGUCCUUCAGUACGAGCCUGAAAGCCUCCGUGCACUGCAGUGCGUAGAGAUUGCCAACGGGGACGUGGCUGCGCCGGAGGUAAACGGGAGCAGCGGCCUGCACUCCCAGUCCAGCAGCAGCACCAGCAGCACACCCAGCCUGAAACCACAGCGGGCCCUCCACAAACGCAGUGGCGUCUACCUGGAAGACCUGGAUGUGCUCGCUGGCGCCCCCGUGAGGAAAACUGCCGAGCAAGGUCGCCGGAGCGAGUGCCGCUCCUAUGAGGACCUGGUGGUGCACGUCCCCAAGGACCACAAGCCGGGGACCUUCCCCAAGGCACUUUCCGUAGAGAGCCUGACGCCCACCCCUGGCACCGCCAUGAGCUCCGGCUGGCGGCCCGAUGUCCGGCAGCACCGGGACCUGGCUCCUAUCUCCCGGCUCUGUCCACGGGGCAGCCGCGCCAGUGUCUACGACAACGUCCCCAGUUCCCACCUAUAUGCCAGUACCGGGGACCUGAUGGACCUGGAGAAGGAGGACUUGUUCCCACAGCUGGACGACAUCCUGCAGCAUGUCAACGGCCUGCAGAGGCUGGUCAACAACUGGUCCCGGAGCGUCCUGCCUGAUGGUGAGGCCCGGCGCAACUCUGCUAGCCAGGUCACACUGGACGGCGAGGGGAGCUCGGCGUUGGAGGGCCGGACCACACCCAGUGACCUGGACAGAGACGCCAUUUCACUUAAUGACACGGACUCCAGUGGGACGAGGGAGAGGAGGGAUUCUGGCGUCGGGGCCUCGCUCACCAGACCUAGCCGCCUGCGGUGGCCCAGCUUCAGGAUCUCCUGCCACCUCGACCAAUCCGGUGCCUCAUUGCAGAUCAACAGCCAAUCAGUAGGCCAGCUCUGCUUGCUGCAGAAGUUCUCACUCCUGCGCCUCACUGCCAUCAUGGAGAAAUACUCCAUGUCCAACAAACAUGGAUGGACCUGGUCGGUGCCCAAGUUCAUGAAGAGGAUGAAGGUGCCGGACUACAAGGACAAAAUUGUCUUUGGGGUCCCGCUGAUCAUCCAUGUGCAGCGGUCUGGGCAGCCAUUGCCUGUUAGCCUGCAGCAAGCCCUGCAUUACCUAAGGAGCCAGUGUCUAGACCAGGUGGGCCUUUUCCGCAAGUCGGGGGUGAAGUCGCGGAUCCAGGCACUGAGGCAGAUGAACGAGAGCUCCCCCGAGCACGUGGACUAUGAGGAGCAGUCGGCCUAUGAUGUGGCGGACAUGCUGAAGCAGUUCUUCAGAGACCUACCCGAACCUCUGCUGACCAGCAAGCUGGGCGAGACCUUCCUGCACAUCUACCAGUACGUACCCAAGGAACAGCGGCUUCAGGCAGUGCAGGCAGCCAUCAUGCUGAUGUCGGACGAGAACCGCGAGGUGCUGCAAGCCCUGCUGUGCUUCCUGAGUGAUGUCACUUCCUCUGUGGGGGAGAACCAGAUGACUCCCAUGAACAUCGCUGUGUGCUUGGCGCCCUCGCUUUUUCACCUCAACAUCCUGAAGAAGGACAACCUGUCACCACGAGCCAUGCAGAAGAAGUAUGCCACAGGGCGACCGGACCAAAAGGACCUGAAUGAGAACAUGGCUGCCACUCAAGGGCUGGCCCACAUGAUCACUGAGUGUGUCCGCCUCUUUGAGGUGCCCCAUGAGAUGGUGGCGCAGUCGCGUAACUCGUACGUGGAGGCGGAGAUGCCGCUGCCCACCGUGGAGGAGCUGUGUGGGCCCCGGGAGGGCAGUGAGGCCUGCUGCCAAGGCCGCAUGGAAAUCCUGCUGCAGGAGCUGCUCAGGGAGGCCCGAGACAGGUCCAAGGUCUGGGUGUCCUGCCCCUCCAGCGACGGCACGGAGCUGUCCUACAGGAAGGUAGGGGACGGUAAUCCCCUCCGGCGCUGGCGGGUCAUGGUCGAAGUGGAGGCCCCACCCUCUGUGGUGCUGAACCGCGUGUUACGUGAGCGCCACCUAUGGGACAUGGACUUUCUGCAGUGGAAGGUGAGGGAGACGCUGGACAGGCAGACGGAGGUUUUCCAGUACGCCAUCAACAGCAUGCCCCCACACCCCAGCCGUGACUUCGUGGUACUCAGGUCCUGGCGGACGGGCAUGCCUAAGGGAGCAUGUGCUCUGGUGUCCAUGUCUGUGGAUCUCGAGGACUGCCCGGCCAUGGGUGGGGUCCGCUGCGUUAUUCUGGACUCGCAUUUCCUGUUGGAACCGUGUGGAACGGGGAAGUCUCGCCUUACGCAUAUCUGCAGAGUUGACCUGAAGGGCAGGUCUCCGGAGUGGUAUAAUAAGGCUUUCGGCUACCUGUGCGCAGCCGACGCAGCCCGCCUGCGCAACUCCUUCCAGCCGCUGGACUCCGAUGGCCCCGAAACCAAGAUCUGAGGCAUGGGGGACAUUCUGAGGCAGGGUCCCAUGGGCCCCAGGGUCAAAACUGCUGCUGGAAGGGGACCCCGAAAAGCCUGACCCAUACAACAACGCUGCUUCGCUGGAGCUGAGCCAUUCACCAUCAUGCUGCAGUAGCGCCCCCUGUUUGCUUGACAGUCAUCGCCAGUUCAUUAUCAACAUUUAUAUGGUUGUUGUUAUUAUUAUUACUAUUAUUGUUGUUGUUAUUAAUGUUAUUAUUAAUAUUAUUGUUGUAAUUAUAGAUCUUGUCAUUGUAAUCUUAAUUUAUGAUGUCUAGGACAUUUGGCCAUUUCAGAGCUUCUAAGAAGCAUUUCUGUUUAAUUCAUUUAAAAUACAAAACAAUAUAUAAAUAUAUAAAUAAAAUAUGUGUGUGCAUCUGUGAAUGUGCAGGUGUGUGGCUAUAUGCACACCAGACUAUAUGUGCUCCAUACCGGUAGGGGUUCCUCGCCCGCCCCUCCUUCCUGUUUGUAGUAAGCCACGCCCACUGCUGUGUCAAAAGCAGCACGCAAGGGCAGCGCUGUGAGCCCAUUCUCUCGUACUGUUUUGUUAUGUGUCAAUCGGAAGCAGGUUGGACUGAACACUGAAGCUCUGGUGUGUACUGGACGUGCUACCUAGCGGACAACAGGGUUUUCACUGAGAGGAUUAAAACAAAUAUAAAAUGCAAAAAGUAUACAGCUGCAAUCUUUUUUGUACGCAUAUGUUGAUAGCUAAUCUGUAUGGAAAUUCAUCACAGAUGACUCUCCCUGCGGGGUUGGAUGGUGAUGCAGUGCAGUAGUCAGCACGGCUCCCUCACAUCUCUGUGACCUGGAUUCAAGUCUCUGGCCGGGUUCCGUGUGUGUGGAGUUCUCCCUGUGUGUGUGCAUGUUCUCCCUGUGUCCUCGUGGGGUCUCCCUCCACGGUCCAAAAACAUGCUGAGGUUGAACAGAGUCACCAAAUUCCUCGUUGGUGUGAACGGUGUGAGUGUGCGACCCUGUGAUGGUUUGGCAGCUCCAUCCUGGGUUGUCCCCUGCCUUAUACUCAUAGGUUCCAAACCCCCCACAGCCCUGCAUAGGACUACUGGUUACCGAAAAUUUAUGGAUAAAAGACAAAAAUGUCAGUAUUUUUAAUGGAGCCUUAAACUUUCAGUCUGGCCUUACUUUGGUGGUAAGGGUACCACAGUUAAUGUUCUGUGUCGGUCUUCUCUCCAAUAACAUGUCAGGAAGGGUGAUACUGCCGUAUGUCAUGAAAUGCGGUUCUUUGGUAUUUUAAUAACGGUAGCUGUGGUACUACUGGCAUCAUUAAAAAUGUCUUACCCAAAGUACCUUAAAUUA